AUGUCGGCCCCCAUCCAGACAGUCGCCGUCGCCGGAGCCGCCGGCAGCCUCGGCUCCGUCCUCGUCGCGCGUCUCGUCGCCUCGGGCCGCUUCAAGGUGCGCGUGCUGCGCCGCCAGGGCUCCGGCUCCACCUUUGCCCCCGGCACCGACGUCGUCGACGUCGACUUCGGCUCCGUCGACUCCCUCAGCGCCGCCCUCGCCGGCCAGGAUGCCGUCGUCGCCGCCCUCGGCGCCCCGGGCCUCGGCCUGCAGCCCACCCUCGUCGACGCCGCAGUCGCCGCCGGCGUCCGCCGCUUCCUGCCCUCCGAGUUCGGCUCCGACCUGGCCAACCCGCUGACGCGCAAGCUGCCCGUCUUUGCCGACAAGGCCAGGACAAGCGACUACCUCGAGGCCAAGGCGAGCACCACGCUCCUGACCUACACCCUCGUCAGCAACGGGCCCUUCCUCGACUGGGGCCUGCGCCACAACUUCAUCCUGGACAGCUCAAGCUACAAGCCCGCCAUCUGGGACGGCGGCGAUGCCGUCUUUAGCACCACGACGCUGGCCUCGGUGGCCGACGCCGUCGUCGGCGUCCUGUCACACCCCGACGAGACGCGCAACCGCACCGUCUACGUCGAGGACCUCAAGCUGACGCAGAACCGGCUCCUGGCCCUGGCCAAGGAGGCGGCCCCCGACAAGCCCUGGGAGGCCCAGCCGGCCAGCCUCGACGCCGCCACCCAGCGCGCCGACCAGAGGCUGGCCCAGGGCCUGUACGACAUGGAGACGUUUGCGCCCUACCUCUUCCGCGCCAUCUUGGACCCGGCUUACGGCGGCGCCUACCACCAGACGGACAAUGAGCUGCUGGGGGUCAAGGGCAAGACGGAACAGGACGUGGUGCACUUGCUGAAGCAGAUCCUGAGCGAGAGGUGA